GGCGCGUGUCGUCCCCACACACGCACGCACGGACCUCGAUCACCACGGACCUCGCUAAUAUACUUCCUUCUCUCCUUACCUCUCUGUCGUCCGCACCAACACCACCAAGCUUUGCGUUCAUUCAGCAGUGACAAGCUUCUCGUCAGGGAUAAAUCACAACAGAAGGAUGUAUUGGCUCCUUUCACUUCAUCGGCAUCACUGCAACAAAGUGUAGACAGUAUUACAUCUAAAGGGGCUUACCUGCAAUGUUCGUGAGAAGUGCAUUUUAAUGUGAACAACAGAUUGAAACAAUGGGAUGCUUGACUUCCAAACCAAGCACUGGGGGCAAAGACCUCACUGAUCUCAAUGAUGCUAGCAAAAAUGAAGAAAAUUCAGGGAACAAAGUUCGGCGCAAGAAUGAUUACCAAAAAGAUCCCACAAACUUGAGUAAUUUCCCCAGCCCUGCAAGCGAUGAGCCCCAUAGCCUACCAGCAAAUCUUUGCACUGGUCAACGUAUGCUACGGGCGCUGUAUGAUUAUGAGUCAAGGAUGAACGAUGACCUGAGCUUUCGCCAAGGGGAUCUGAUGGAGCUAGUUAAUGAUAACGAUGGGACCUGGUGGUUAGCUCGCCAUGCUAAUGGUCAGGAAGGCUAUGUCCCCCACAACUAUGUUGCUUUGGAGAAUACCAUUGAGUCUAUGGAUUGGUUUUUUGGAAAGGUAACAAGGAAAGAGGCAGAAAGGGCUCUAAGAAGUACUGAAUCUGCAUUGGGUUACUUCCUUAUCAGAGAAAGUGAAACUACACCAGGAAGCUAUGUGCUAUCUGUACGUGACUAUGAUGAGCAGAAAGGCGACUGUGUCAAGCACUACAGGAUCCGCAACAAAGAUGAUGGUGGCUGCUACAUUGCUGCCCGCCGAACAUUCAACUCCAUUUUGGAGCUUGUGGACCACUACAAAGUCCAAGCUGAUGGUUUGUGUCAGCAUCUGACAUGUCCAUGCCCAAAGCCCAAACCUGUCAUGGAAGAGCUGUCUCGAGAAACAAAGGAUGCAUGGGAAAUUGAUCGUAACACCCUUACAUUUGAGAAGAGGCUUGGUGCUGGGCAGUUUGGAGAGGUGUGGAAAGGUAAAUACAUGGGCAAGACAGACGUGGCCAUCAAGACACUCAAACCGGAGACCAUGACCCCUGCUAAUUUCCUGGCAGAGGCAGCCAUUAUGAAAAAGUGCCAGCAUGACAAACUGGUGCGACUGUAUGCUGUGUGCACGAAGGAGGAGCCAAUCUACAUUGUCACAGAACUCAUGAGCAAGGGCAGCCUGCUGGAGUACCUGCGUGAAGGCGAAGGCAGGAAUCUCAAGAUGCCUAGUCUCAUUGACAUGGCUGCCCAGGUGGCUAGUGGCAUGUCGUACCUGGAGAGGAUGAGCUUCAUUCACCGUGACUUAGCAGCUCGCAACAUUUUGGUCGGGGAUAACAACAUCGUCAAGGUGGCUGAUUUUGGCUUGGCCAAGGUUAUUGAGGAUGGGGAGUACAAUCCUCAUUCAGGUGCAAAAUUCCCUAUUAAGUGGACAGCACCGGAAGCAGCAUUGUAUGGCAGAUUCACGAUAAAGUCUGACAUCUGGUCGUAUGGGAUUUUGCUUCAAGAGAUUAUGACCAAAGGACAGAUUCCCUACCCAGGCAUGCAGAACAGAGAGGUGCUAGAACAAGUGGAACGUGGGUACCGCAUGGCCAAAUCUACUUACACCCCUGACCCUGUCUAUGAUGUCAUGCUUCAGUGCUGGGACAAAGUUCCAGAGAAGCGUCCCACGUUUGAGUACCUGUUUGGCUUCUUUGAUGAUUAUUAUAUAGCCACUGAACCCAACUACAAAGAGUCAGAUUAAUGGUGACUAGGUGUUCUAAACGUUUCACACCACCAUUCAGCAACUAAGCAUUGCCUUCGGUUCAUCGUCUACUGUCUUUAUAUAUAGAUAAAUAUGUCUACUUAAGUAGCACAAGGAUUCAAAGAAAUAAGAGAUGUGACACUUUUGUUCAGAUCCGUAAUGCAGCAGAUAUUAUGGACUGGACUGAGAGGUCCUGGUGGAAACAAGUAUUUAUGUGAUUAGGCACCUUCUACCAGGUACUCUUUGUAUGGGGCAUGUGCAAAGAACAUUUUGUGAGGACUGGUUUUUGUUUUCUGCAGAGUGUAGGUUUGUAGCGUAAAAAGCUGUUCUAGCAGUGCAUCUUGCAGCAAAGUUAAUAUAGCACUGUGACGUUCCUCACCAAGUUAACAUAGCAGUGUGACUUGCAGGACAAAGCAGUAUGUCCUCUGUUCAGGUGCACAUCCACAUAGAUCAUGAGUUGGGUAGCACAAGACCCUUUUAUUUUCAGGUAACAAUAGUUUGUCUUUGAGAUAGUUUGCUUGGAAUCUGAUUUUGCAUUUGUCAAACAGAGAUCAUGCCACCUUUUACCGGCAUGGCAACCUUUUGGUAUUUUUUGCAAAGAAAAACCACACUGUGAGAAAAAAAACCAUGCAGAAACGAAGUGUGGGUAAGAUGGUUAUACGUGUCAGUAAAAGGGCUAAUCGUGCACCCAGUCUUUUCAAAAUGUAAAUAAAAAUUAUUGUUGUCCUUUUUGAAACGUCACUUGGCUGUGAAUUAUUAGCUGGACUAUUUUAUGUGCUUGUAUUUCCUACACUUUCGUUUCCCCUUCUCUUACUAUUUAAUUCAAUAGCUAUGUUACAUUUUUUUUUUGCCUGCUCAAUGAAUAAGAAGUCUAACAAAUGAUCAAAUAAUCAGGAGUCAUUGGUUGUCUUGUGUUAAAUAGUCUGUUAAUGAAACUGAAUGUGGAUAAUUGUGUAUAUAAAUUAAAAGCUCAAUGAUGGUUUCAAUAUUUGUUUUUUUAGCAUGGGACACCUCAAUUCUUUUGACAACAAAUGUGCCUAUCAGUAUGGACAUGCAAUUUGAAGGAUAUGCUGAUUUGUUGCUUUGUUCUUUUUUUUUCUUAGUGGCUCCAGUUAAUUUCCUGCUUCUGUUUUAUUUCACACUGCAUAAUUUAACUGAACAUGCUGUGUGUCUACUUACUAUGCAAAAGAUUCAUCAGUAUUAGCUAAGCAUCGUGUCCAGUCAAAUUGAUUUUCUACAAAUAUGCACAUUAUAAGACCUGCAGGUAUGUGGGAGGAGCUUCUGGGUGAAUGAAGACUGAAAUGAUAAAAGAGUGUAAAUGUCAGGAGUGCAGACAGGCAUGCUAGAAUGAAUAGGCUGGUGUAAGCUUUGAAGCUAUGGUUGUAGAAGUAUUGAUAUCUUCAGGCAUUGGAAACAUGCUGAAUAGUCCAUCUUUAUUCAGGAGAGAUGCUGUGGCUCUAAAGAAGUAUCAGAAAAAAUGAUAUUUGUCUAAAGAGCAUGCACUAGAGGUGCAUUACUGUUUAAAAAAGAAAAUAAAGUUGAAAACACCAGCUAGGGCUGCACACAGCUUUUUUUUCCUUUUAAACAGUUCACCCAUUGGUAUUUUGUCAGCAAUUUUCUUUUUUUGUUUACAGGAAGAAUUGAAAAAUGUUAUUGGAUUAACUUGAAUCAAAAUACAUUCCAUUUUACAAGACUUGUAUCAUAACAUAAAAGAUGAAACAAAGCAGCUAAGAGCUGUCCAUCAUGGUUUGUCCUGUGAUAGACAGUAGGGUUUUGGUAUCUAGAUGCAUCUUAAAAUGCAGCUAGAUUUUAAGUUAACAGAAAAAUAUUUUAAUUCAUGCAUGGUAUCCAAAAUGCGUUUUCCACAAUGUGGGGCCUGUUGUUGUUAUUGUUAAAUCGUAACGCCGUUAAAGGUUACUCUUCAUGAUUAUUGAAAUAUAUUUGCAUAUUUUCUCCCGUUACACUUAGUACAUAUAGGAAAUUAUUGAAGAAAUAACCAUUCACAUAUUUGCACAGUGAAUACUACUUCCAAACUAUAGUUUGAGUGCACAUAUUUGUAUAUAUUGUACAAGACUGUAUAAAUAAUAUAUUUGUAUAUGUUGCCAUACCAAAUGUGCAGAUUUUAAAAUGCUUUUUAGAUACAUGUAAUUUCAUCUAAAGCUAGAGCUUGUUUUUCAAUGCAACAAGUAAGCCAAGUUGCAGAUUACUAUUUUAAGCUCAAAUUGAUAUCAAAAUGCUUGCAAAUCACACAUGCACAUAUUUUUGUGCAGUUCUCAUUUUGUAUUAUUUGAUGGAUCUGUACGGAUUUCAAAUUCAAACUAAUGCUAUUUUAAAUUUAAUGACCUGGCAUUCCCGUUAACUUUACAGAGCCACAGGAUUUUUGUCGUGUUUUUGUGUUCGUAAUGUGCAGAGAACAUGGCUUCAGUUGGGAUAAUGCACUAUAAAAGCUCACACCAUUAUUAUUAUAAAUUUGUUUAACCUUCAUUUACAAACUUUUAAGAAAAGAUAAACGAGAUAAUUUGAAACAUGUUGCAAGAAAUGGAUCAUAAGAUUAAUACUGAUAUGCACACGGCAGCUAACUAAUUUCUUGAUGAAUUCUUCUACGAAAUCUGAUGGUUUAAAAUCCUAACUGAAAAAUACAUUGUGGUGAUCAAAUUUAUUUAUGUUGUUAAGUUCUGAGCCCACUUUGAUGGUGGGGUUAAAGCACAUAGAAAUCAACAUGAUUUUCAUUUAAAAGCUUUGAUGGAGGUUGGAGUUUAAAUGGAGUAGCUUAAAAAAAAACCUUGGUAAAAAAGAACCCAAGACUUGUAGAUAUAUUUGUUCUUGCAGGCAAUGACCAUCAGUGGCAAGUAACUUUUUAUGAAGUCUGUACAGGAGUCAAACUAAAUGUGACAGCAAGAGACAAGUAUAUUAUUAUCUUUUAAACCUUCAACAUCCUAGAGUGCUGAAAAUGGGCUCAGCCAUAGUGUCAGUUUUAAUGAGCAGAUCAUUCUCUUGAGGGUUCUUUUGUUAAUGUAAUACUAGCACAUCUUUGUUUCCCAGUUUUUGAUAUCUUCAUCCCCAACUACAAUUUUGUGUCUAUCUUGAUUAAACUCUUGCAACAGUC